GGACUUGACACGUUUCGUGGUUCAUGUUGAUUGGUGACUAAGAAAUGGGAAACUAUUGAAUUGACGAGAGUAGAAAACAAUUAUGGAAAAGGCAAUGUUAAAACUUUUAAGUUUAAGGCGACACAGCUUUGCGGUUUAUAGUGGUUUGCUUUCUCUACUGUGAAAGUCCAAAUUUUUCGUUCCUACAGUUUCUCAGUAACUGCAACCUUUUCUCUUCUUUUAUUAUCCUUUUUGUGAACUUGUAACUUGGUUCUGUUUGAGAUAAAUAUUUUGUUGGUGUUUGUUUGGAUUUGGGUUGUUUGUCUCUCUAGCUCUUUGAUUGAUUUAGAAUAAGAUUUGCCGAUCUUGCAUUUUAAGCGUAUGUCCGUCUUACAUCAACGCAUGCUGACAGGAUUAGCUAUUCAUAGUAUUAGCCCUGAAAGUCUUGUAUUGUAUUCAACCUGGUGUUGUACCUAUUUCCUUGGUUUCCAAUCUUGCUAGUCUUUUAGUUUUAAAUGGGAUUUUAGAGGUUCCCUGUUUAUACAUGAUUUGGAUUUAUCAUAAUUCAUAAUAAUGAGAUCAUCUUUCAUUGAAUUUGCUUCCUAGAAGGAGCUUCCCUAGGUCUUGGGAUGCUUUGAUUUGUACCAGUAUGGAUGCAUUCGGUCCAUGCAUUGUUAAUUAUGCAAUCAUGGUUAUAAUACCGUGUGACGAAAAUACUUGGUCAUCAUUAGAUGUGUUCUCCUGUUGAGGGAUUUGGGCUGCUGAGCCGAACGUGUAAACACUUUCUUUGGGCCCUUCUAUAAGGAGAAAACUUAUUCCAAAGUUGUUAUUUGAAUAAACUGUAUCCAGUGCCCGUGCUUGUUGUCUACCUCUGUUAAUUUUUUCCUGGUAAUGAUUCUCACAUGUGCGCAUAAAUUUUUUUUUGCAUUCAGCAUUUACAAUAAUAUACGUCAUCCAAGCAAGUUGGCUCUUGGCACGGACUUCCAUUGUUUCAAAUAUAAAAUUGAGCCAAAGUGGGAGGAUCCUGUGUGUGCUAAUGGAGGGAAGUGGACUGUAACUUUUCCUAAAGGGAAAUCUGAUACUUCUUGGCUGUAUACGUUGCUAGGAAUGAUAGGAGAACAGUUUGAUCAUGGAGAUGAAAUUUGUGGAGCAGUUGUCAACGUCAGAAAUAGGCAAGACAAGAUAUCUAUUUGGACGAAGAAUGCAAUAAAUGAAGCUGCUCAGCUGAGCAUUGGGAAACAGUGGAAGGGGUUUCUGGAUUACAAUGAAACUAUAGGGUUCAUAUUUCAUGAGGAUGCAAUGAGACAAGAGAGAAGUGCCAAAAAUAAAUACGUAGCCUGAUGUGUAUAUUGUUCUUUGCUAGUACUUGAUGCUUUCUAACUGCAACAGCAUUCUAUGCUGAGAUGCAGAGUAACUUCUGGUUAACUUCUGGUUCACAAUUACAGAUUUUAGACUUUUCUUCGAAUUUACAUUUUAAGAUGUACAAUGGAUAUGAGCUGUUUACUUUCUACAAAAUGUUUUGCUUGCAUCUUGAAGUAGUUUGAUUAAGUUAUUGCUCCCA